CUCUUUCUCUCUCGCGCACAUACACAGUACAUACACAUAUAUACACGCAUUUCUCUCUCUCUCUCGCUCUUACCCGAGAGUCAUUACAUUAAAUUUUGCUUCGAAGCAGCACCAGUAGUAUAAUACCUGCUGUGCGCCGCUGCCUCCGCGUAUUAUAUACUUGUUGUAGUAUCUCCGCCGGAUUAUUUUAAUACUCCGUUCGCAGUCCUCGUACGAGCCAGUACUUACUCUGCUACGCGCCGUCUUGUCUCUCUCAUCCAGAAAACACCGCACCUCUACCAAAAACCAAACACACACAUAAUGUCCGAAAACUGUUGAAAGCCCAAGAUCUUUAACUGCCGCCGCCAAUUGACCGAAUCCGCACAAAACACAGCAAUUUUCAGCAGCUUCGUUUUAGAGGUAACUGAAAAUUCUGGUUUCAUCGUCAUCUCAGAUCCAGCUUCUCAAUUGAGAACUAGAGCCGAGUGAGUUUUUGAAGAUUGGACUAGCUGCCUAGACGAUCUCUAUACCCAACUACUUUGAAAAAAAAACAACAACCAUGAGCCAAUCGAAGCAGCAACAGCAGCAGCCACAAGGCCAGGAGCAACAGCAGCAACCCCAAGCACCACCACCGAAGCCCUGCUAUGGCAUCGUCAAGCAGAUCAACUCUGGUGAUUCCAUCACCAUCCGUGGCCAGCCCAAGGGUGGCCCACCACCAGAGAAGACCCUGAUUCUGUCCAACAUUAUUGCACCCAAAUUGGGCCGCCGUAAUGUGAAAGAUAACACCGAGACCAGGGACGAGCCCUACGCUUGGGAAGCUAGGGAAUUUUUGAGAAAAAAAUUGAUUGGACAAGAAGUAACCUUCAUUGAAGAAAAGUCUCCCAACAACUCGAGAACAUAUGGAAGAGUAUGGCUUGGCAAAGAUAUGAAUGAACCUAGCAUGGCUGAGCUGUUGGUACAAGAAGGACUAGUGACAGUGAAGCGUGAUACACGAAUCACUUCACCGGAAAUCAAGAACUUGCAAGAACUCGAAGAUCAAGCUAAGAGCGCGAAUAAGGGCAAAUGGUCGGCGGCCCCACUCAGUGAACAUGUACGUGAUGUCAAGUACACCAUUGACGGUCCACCAAUGAGUUUGGUUGACAAAUACGCUGGAAAGCCAAUUAAGGCUACCAUUGAACAUGUUCGCGAUGGUUCAACUGUGAAAGUACUUUUGCAACCAGAUUUUUACCAUAUUACCCUUGCUAUAUCAGGAAUUCGAUGCCCUGGAUUCAAGCAGGAUGGACCUGAACCUUUUGCUGAUCAGGCUAAAUUCUUUGUUGAAUGCCGUCUGCUCCAAAAGGAUGUUGAAGUAAUCCUUGAAUCUGCCAACAACACCCAAUUUGUUGGUAGCAUUUUACAUCCUAAAGGAAACAUUGCUGAAGCUUUGCUCACUGAAGGAUUUGCACGUGUUGUUGAUUGGUCAAUGAAUCAUGUUAAAUCAGAUAAGCACAAGUUGUACAUUGCUGAGAAAGCAGCCAAAGAGAAGAGGCUCAACUUGUGGAAAGAUUGGGUACCACCAAGGCCAUCAGAAGAAAUGACCGCUACUGUUGUUGAAAUUGCCAGUGCUGAUGCCAUCAUCUUGCGUUUGAACAAUGGAGAAACAAAGAAAGUAUUUUUGAGCAGUAUCCGUCCACCACCAAGGAAAGACAAGCCUGUCGCUGGUGAAGAUGGCAAGAUCCCUCGUGCUAAAGAUUUCAGACCAUUGUACGAUAUCCCAUGGAUGUUCGAAGCUCGUGAGUUCCUCAGAAAGAAGUUGAUUGGUAAACAAGUUAAAGCUGUUGUCGACUAUGUUCAACCAGCUAGAGAUAACUUCCCUGAAAAAACAUGCUGCACAGUCACCAUUGGCAAAGUUAAUGUUGCUGAAGCUAUGGUUUCCAAAGGCUACGCAACCGUUGUCAGGUACCGCCAAAACGAUGACCAGCGCUCAAGCCACUACAAUGACUUGCUGGUCGCUGAGAGCAAAGCCGAGAAGUCCGGCAAUGGUCUGCAUGCCAAAAAAGAUGUGCCCUUACAGCGCAUCCGUGAUGUCUCUACCGACCCCGCUGCAGCAAAAUCGCAUCUUCAGUCGCUCAAGCGAGCCCGUGAAAUGAAGGGUGUUGUUGAAUUUGUAACCAGUGGCUCGAGGCUCAAGAUCUUCAUCCCCAAAGAGUACUGUUUGAUUACGUUCUUGCUCGCUGGUGUAAAAUGCCCAAGAGCAGCCCGCAUCACUCCCGGUACGGGAGGAAUGGAAGCCGAACCCUACGGUCAAGAAGCCCUUGAAUUCACCCGCAAAUUCUGUUUCCAAAAGGAUGUAGAUGUUCAGGUUGAAAAUAUGGAGAACAAGGGUAGUGGUUUCAUUGGAUGGCUCUCUGUUGAAGGCACCAACCUUUCCGUCGCUUUGGUCGAAGAAGGUCUUGCUGAAGUUUCCAACUUCAUCGAGCAAGGAGAGCACUUGAAAGCUUUGAAGGCUGCCGAGGAACGUGCCAAGGCCAAGAAAAUUGGAAUCUGGAAAGACAGAGUAGAAAUCGAGGUUGAGCCCGAUAAGGAACGCGAAGAGAGAGAAAGAGCUCCCGCUGAACGUAAAGUUGAUUAUCAAGAGAUCAUCGUGUCUGAGGUCACCGAUGAUCUUCGCGUUUAUACUCAACGCGUCGAUCAAAAGAGCGCCCUCGAAGGUAUGCUGACGAGACUCCGUCACGAGAUUGCCACCAACCCACCCCUGGCCGGUGCCUACACCCCGAAAAAAGGCGAUCUCGCUAUCGCCAAGUUCACCGAUGACGAAUGGUAUCGCGUGAAGAUCGAGAAAGUAUCCGGAAACAAGGUUUCCGUUCUUUACAUCGACUACGGCAACCGCGAAGUCGUUGACAGCGUGAGGGUUGCAGCCAUGCCAGCUGGAUUCGCUGCUGAGAAACCAUACGCCACCGAAAACAUUCUUGCGCUUGUACAUUUGCCCAAGGACGAAGACGAUCAGAAAGCUGCCGUAGCAGCCUUCAGAGAAGAUACAUUGACUGGAAAAACGUUACUUCUCAAUGUAGAGUAUAGGAAUGCCGGCGUUCCAGCUAUAACUCUGGUUGAACCACCCAACCAAGAAGAUAUUGUCAAACUCCUUGUAGUUGAUGGUUUGUUACUGUGUACCCCUGGCCGUGAUAGGAAAUUGAAGGACUUGCGCGAGGAGUACAGAAAGGCUGAGAAAGAAGCCAGAGAUAAUCACCGCAACAUUUGGCAAUAUGGUGAUAUCACUGAGGAUGACGCUAAAGAAUUUGGCGUCGGUCGUUAAAUUUUUUCAACUAAAAAUAAGAUCAUCGAGAGAGUUGAGAAGAGAAACAUCCGAAGAUACGAAGAAGAAAGAAAAAAAAAACUAAUUUAAUAUCGUCUAUGAAAGCAGCAUUAUAGACGCUAAUUAAACGUCAACGAUUUAUACUGAUAGACUUUUUAAAAAUUGUAGGAGCGUAAUAAUAAGUGGUAAUAUCGAAGCAGUGUAUUCGAUCGGUUUUGAGUUUUAAUGAAACCGUUUGUAGAUCAGAAAAAAUGAAUUGUACAUAAUUGAAAGUUAUUACAAAUUAAUAACUACAAGGGUUGAAGUAAUAUCAAAUGUUACUAUGCCCCUUUUUGCUCGACUCUUGUACCUUCCUAAUCCCCGCGAGACUGUCACGUUGUAGAAUUUAUUUCUGUAUAUGAGAAUCAAUCUUUGUUAUUAUUGUGCAUACCACAUUGCGUGUAUCCUGUGUUAAAAAAAAAUGAACUUAUACCUGGAUAGAAAAAAGCAUGGAAUCGUCAUUUAUAUAUUUAUAUAUAUUUAUAUCAUGUUUUGAAAAACUUUUUCAAAUAAAGGUGCAAUUCGAA